AAGCGGAGACGCCUUCCACCGCAUAGAUGUCUGUCGUGAUGUUGGUGUUCCGCGUCCUGCUGCUAAUCGCCCUGGUGGGGAACUCAGCCAUCGGGCUCUCGCUGAUGCCCUUCAUUGCACCUCCAGACCCAGAUUGGACCCCCGAUGACUAUUACUACAGUUACGAGCAGUCCAGUCCAGACAAAGACGCCAGUGUCACGAAGACCUCCCCCGAGAACCCCGACUGGUACUAUGAAGACGAUGAUCCAUGCCAGUCCAACCCCUGUGAACACGGCGGGGACUGUAUCAUCAGAGGGAAUACCUUCAGUUGCAACUGCCCGGCCCCCUUCUCGGGGAGCCGGUGUCAGACGGUCCAAAACAAGUGCAAGGACAACCCAUGUGUCCAGGGCGAUUGCCUCAUUACCCAGACGCCUCCCUACUACCGCUGUGUCUGCAAAUACCCUUACACGGGACCAGACUGCUCCAAAGUGCUUCCGGUAUGCAGACCAAAUCCCUGCCAGAAUGGCGGGGUCUGUUCCCGACACAGACGGAGGUCCAGGUUUAGCUGCGCCUGUCCAGAGCAGUAUAAGGGGAGAUUCUGUGAAAUAGGUCCGGACGACUGUUAUGUCGGUGAUGGCUACUCUUACCGAGGCAAAGUGAGUAGGACAAUCAACCAGAACCCAUGCCUUUACUGGAACUCCCACCUCCUCUUGCAGGAGAAUUACAACAUGUUUAUGGAGGAUGCCGAGACCCAUGGGAUCGCAGAUCACAACUUCUGCAGAAACCCAGAUGGAGACCACAAGCCGUGGUGUUUCGUUAAGGUGAACAGUGAGAAGGUGAAAUGGGAGUAUUGUAAUGUCGAGGUCUGUCCAGAGCCUGAUGCUGCUAACCCAGUGGGCAGCCUUCAGGAACCUGUGGUGGAGCUGCCAGGAUUCGACUCCUGCGGGAAGACAGAGAUGACUGAACACGCGGUCAAGCGCAUCUACGGGGGCUUUAAGAGCACAGCGGGCAAGCACCCGUGGCAGGUGUCCCUGCAGACCUCAUUGCCGCUGACCACCUCCAUGCCCCAAGGCCACUUCUGUGGGGGUUCCCUGAUUCACCCCUGCUGGGUGCUCACUGCAGCCCACUGUACCGACAUAAGCACGAAGCAUCUGAAAGUUGUGCUGGGGGACCAGGACCUGAAAAAGACCGAAUCCCACGAGCAGACCUUCAGGGUGGAGAAGAUACUGAAGUACAGUCAGUAUAAUGAAAGAGAUGAGAUUCCCCACAAUGACAUUGCUUUGCUCAAGUUAAAGCCAGUGGGCGGUCACUGUGCUCUGGAAUCCAAAUACGUGAAGACUGUAUGCUUGCCUAGUGACCCCUUUCCCUCUGGGACUGAGUGCCACAUCUCUGGCUGGGGCGUAACGGAAACAGGGGAAGGCUCCCGCCAGCUCCUGGAUGCUAAAGUCAAGCUGAUUGCUAACGCUUUGUGCAACUCCCGCCAACUGUAUGACCACACGAUCGAUGACAGUAUGAUCUGUGCAGGGAACCUGCAGAAGCCUGGAUCGGACACCUGCCAGGGUGACUCGGGAGGCCCUCUAACCUGUGAGAAGGAUGGAACUUACUACGUCUAUGGGAUCGUAAGCUGGGGCCAGGAAUGUGGGAAGAAGCCUGGAGUCUACACUCAAGUCACCAAGUUCCUGAAUUGGAUAAAAACCACCAUGCACAAGGAGGCUGGCCUCUGAGGUGCUGUCUGCAGAGCCUCGAAGCACCUCCUCUUCUGCACUAAACAAGGGGUGCUUCCUGUGUAGCCAGGGAUAUCCUGGGUCUAUGCUUUAGACAGAGACAUUGUUGACCAGCCUGGGUCUUUGCAGACUGGCACACUACACCACCUCACGAGGCCCACUCUGUCCUCCUCUCCCUGAGAACCAACAAGAAAUACAUUACCUCUGCCCCGCUUCUGACAAGUGUGCCUUCGAGAAAACCAGAAUUCAGAGAUGCUCUUCACCAUAGAGACCUGCAGAUCUGAGAUUUCUCCCUGUCCAGUAGCACAGGAGACUGUUACUCUUCUGCCCACACCAUCAGGGUCUUCCGCAGUCUCCAUGCAGCCAUCAGAGAGAAACCGCCCCCCCCAAGAAAAAACACAAGUUCUGUUUGCUUUCAGAGUCGUUGUUUUAAUAAAGGCAGAUGUGGGAAUG